GUCUGACGUAAAGCAAGGCCGGAGUCCUCUCCUUGGCGCCUCGUACACAAGCUCAACCAAGCUCAACUCCAGCCUCUUGAGCGUGCCGGUUAGCCGUGGUCUUUCGUUCUCAGAUCGGACUUUGCGCAAAUAUAACAUUUUCCAACGGUCACGGCGCGCGACAGAAGGUUUAACCAGCCGACCACCUCUGGUAAAGACUUUAAGAAUCCCACAAAUCUUUCGCAAAACGGCUCCGCGCUCCAUUCAUUCUUAUUCUUAUCAAAGACAGCGUUUCCCUCUAUCGCACAUCUCUCGCCAACGGCGCCAUGGCAAGCCUCAGGUUUGGCUGGGGCAGUGCGCUCCUGGUUCUCGGGCUGCUGCUUGUGGUUCUUCCUGGCAAAGCUGCGGCAUUCGGUGCCGGCAACAUCCCGUCCAUCGCACAGGUCGAGGGUCACAACUGGAGGCAUGGAGACAUCGAGGACAUGCUCAAGACGGUGGCUUUCCUUUACGGCAAGAAGUGGUCUACUCUGAUGGUCGGCCGCGUCUACUUUGGCAACUGGCUACGGGACUACUCGCAGGCAGUCGACGUCGGGAGCCUGAAGGGCAUCAACGCGGCUACGAUUCGAAUUAUCGUUUGGGUCCUCUCCUUCAUGGCCAACGGUUACGCGACGGAGGAGUUUGAGGUCACCGAAGAGCGGCUGGGCGUCUACCGCCCCGAGGAGCACAUCGACAACCCCCUCGGCUACGCCGACGGCAAGGAUGCCCGAGAGUUCGAUCCCCGCCUGCGAGGUCCUGUGGACCCGCGAGAGCUCGAGAUCGACCCGCGGACCGGCAUGAAGAACUACAUCGCCAACGAGAGCGGUGGAUGGGCCACCAGCGCCGGCUAUCUGCGCUGGAGCUUCGCCCGCAGCAUCCACUUUGGCCGCCUCUACACCAGCGGCGCGAACGGCACCUCGGGCAAGGAAGCCGAUCUCUGCGAAGCUCUGCGCUGCCUGGGCCAAGCUCUGCACUGCAUGGAGGACUUUGGCGCUCACACCAACUAUUGCGAGCUUGCCCUCAUCGAGAUGGGCUAUCACAACGUCUUUCCGCACUGCGGCAGUGCGACCAAGAUCCCCCUGAAUGGGAAGAUGGUGUAUCCGCUCGUCACGGGCACCUUUGGAGCCGUUGACUUUCUGCACUCCGUUCUCGGCGAGGCCACCGACCACUUCACGCAAUCUGAGGUUGACGAGAUCGACAUUGCCCUCAAAAACGCCGAGCAAGCCACCAUGUCUGGCGACUCCCGACGCGGUUUCUUUGGCUCCGGCUCCGGCUCCGGCUCCGGCGGAAGCGACUUCAUCUCGCUCUUAGGCCAACUUCCCGGCGUCGGCGAUGGCUUCGCUGCGCAGGCCAGGGAACUGAAGGCCGCGUCGGCCGCCCAGGAGCAGGAGAACAUGCGGGCCGCUGGCAACACCAACAUCGUGCCCGGGAUGAGCCCCAACUUCGAUCCGGUCAAGGUCUCGGGGCAGAUCUACCCCAUCCUCCAGUUCCGCGACAAGAUCGUCCGGUCCAUCAACAGCAUGAUCUCCAAGAUCCCGGGCCUGGAGAAGCUGCUCGAGCACAUCAGCGAGACGCUAACGGCCUUCAUCCUCGGCCUUCUGGCGCCAUUCGUGCGCCCCAUCAUCAACCAGGUCAACCAGACGCUCAAGGAGGGCUCGUCCGGUCUGUUGGCGACCAGCGCGAAGCAACAGUUCGAGCCAUGGGACAACCCGCACUGCACCGACCCCACCCACUCGAUGCUUUCCAAGGACCACUUCACCAACGUUCUCAACUCGUGCAGCGGCCGGGUUGCCGUGACCAUCCUGCAAUACGUCGUUCCCCGCAUCAUGUUCGCGUGGGAGAACCCCGGCGUGCCUGUGGAUGAGGUGGUCAACGACGUCCUGCGCGCCUUCCACCACCCGGCAGCGCGCGACGAGCGGAUCGAGAUCCAGCGCGACAUGUUUGAGACGGUGCGCAAGUGGGCCCAGGAGACGCCCUACCGCAACCAGCUCGACCACCUGCUGUCGUCCGAGUCCGUCAGGAACCACAAGAACCACAUCCUCAACGGCCAGGCCGGGUCGCGGUCCGCGCCCGGCGGCGGGUGCGGGCACGGAGAUGGCGGGCACGGCAAGCCGGCCGGGUCGCUGUGGUCGCACAUCCAGAACGUGAAUCGCGACGCGAGGGAGGCCGGGGCCAGCCCUGGUGUUGGUGCUGGUGUUGGUGCUGGUGGUGCUGGUGGUGCACACCAUGCGCCACCCCCGAUGCAUGGCGAGGCAGCGAGUUACUACGCGGCCAGUUCGCCCCAGCCGUCCCAACCGUAUGCGGGCAGGCCCGGCCAGUCCGGGUAUGCGGCGACCUAUGAGCGGCCGACGCCGCCUGCGUCACAGCCUCCGUACGGCGGCGGGUAUCCCGGCCAGGGAGGUUACGGACAGCAUCCGCAUCCACACCAGCACCAGCCACCAUCUGCUGCUCAUGGCGGCUAUGGGCAGCCGCAGUACGGAGGGCAUCAUGGGGGUUACGGUGCGCCGCAGCCGGGAGGGUACCCGCCACAUGGCCAGCAGCCAUCCCCUUCGUGGGGGCAGUAUCCUCGGUAUUAAGGUGAAGCUACGUAACAGUCCUUGAGCGGGAGGUAUAUCUAGUAUUGAUAUCCUAUCUAUUCACAUCGAUUUCACCGAGGCACGGACGGGGGCGGCCAUUACGAUAGUUAUCUGACAAGAGUGAUACCAGCAAUACCGACUACAACUACCCUAA